AUGUUCUCAUUUACUCGUAUGCUCCUCGCCUGUUCCCUCGCCCUCGUCGUGGUUGCGAAGCCUUGGGAGCAGCCCACGACGACCAUCACCGACACCGCUGCGCCGACGGCCACCACCAUCAGCCAGUGCAACGUCGCCGGCGGCGCGCAGUGCUGCCAGACGACCACGACUGCUGGGUCUGUUGCGGGUGCCGCGGCGCUUGCGCUCAUCGGCGUUGUUGUGGAGGACCUCGAGAACAUCAUCGGGAUCGGCUGCAGCUCUCUGACUGUAGGACAGUCCUGCAGCUACUCCCCUGUGUGCUGCGAUGAGAAUGGCUUUGGCGAUCUCAUCUCCAUUGGCUGCGCUCCGAUCACCGUCUGA